AUGACCAUCUUCAGUCUGUACAUCUACGACCGGCACUGUAACUGUGUCUACUACCAGGACUGGCAUCGCACGAAGAGGCCCAAGCCAGCGCCCGCAGAUGGCUCCCUGCUUCCUGCCGUAUCUCGCGCGAUGACCGCGCCUCCGCCUGCACAGCAAGCUGAAGCAGGCUCGCCAUACAACAGCCCGCGCAACACCCUGGCGAGUAACUCGGGUGUGGUCAUUGCACUUAACGACGGUGGUGCGAUCCCGCCGUGGUUACAAGAGCAUCGCGAGGCGCCGCACACGCUGUUACAGACUCCCCAAACACCUGUAGCUGCGCCAACGAGUUCGGCGCUACCGUUCGACGAGGAGGCGAAGCUGGUGUAUGGAGUCAUCCUGUCCCUUCGCAACAUGAUAAAGCGCUUAUCUGGCCGGGACGAGCAGUUUGUCGCGUACCGGACGAGCGCUUACAAGAUGCACAUGUUCGAGACGGUCUCAGGGUACAAAUUUGUCAUGCUCUCGGACCCGAAUCAGGACAGUCUCCGUGCUAUGCUCUUCCAAAUAUACACCGGCCCCUUCAUUGAGUACGUGGUACGGAACCCGCUGGUACGAAUGGACUCGCGAGAGCGUGGGAUCGACAACGAGUACUUCCGUGCCAGCAUUGAUCGCAUGGUCCGAGGGGCGCCUGUGUUCCAGUAG